AUGUUCGACAAAGCCAAGUUCUCAGCCGGUUCACUUACAUCCUCGUUGUCCACGGAUGCUACCAACCUUGCCGGAAUGAGUGGUGUGAUUUUAGGCUCCAUCUUCAUUGUCUCAACGACUUUGAUUGCUGGCGUGGCUGUAUCGAUUGCGAUAGGUUGGAAGCUGGGACUGUCGAAGGCGGCAUAUACAGCUUCAGGAACUUAUGCAUGUGAGGCAAGUUCUGCCAUCAAGACGGUUGCAUCGCUAAAUCUUGAAAGCCAUGCACAGCGAGAGUAUCACAACAUAUUGGAAGCUCAGCGACAGAAAUCGGUGGUUUCAACACUCAAGUCAUCAGCGCUCUAUGCAGCCUCACAGUCGGCCAAUUUUCUAUGUAUCGCGCUGGCUUUCUGGUAUGGAGGAAGUCUCAUAAUCCAUGAAGGCUAUUCUAUGGUGCAGUUCUUCAUCGCUUAUGCGGCUAUCGUCGUAGGCGCAUUCAGCGCCGGGGCUAUUUUCUCCUUCGCGCCUGAUAUGAGCAAGUCUCGCCAGGGGGCCCAGGAUAUUAAAACGUUAUUGGACCGGCCUGUCAAUAUUGACGCCCGCCAGGAAACCGGCGAGCUGUUAACGAAUAUGGAAGGCAGCUUGGAGUUGCGAAAUAUUUAUUUCCGAUACCCCAACAGACCGGAGAGGGUGGUUAUUAGCGGCUUGAGCUUGAGUAUUCAACCGGGCCAAUACACAGGUCUAGUGGGAGCGAGUGGAUGUGGGAAGAGCACCAUCAUUGCUUUGCUGGAGCGGUUCUUUGAUCCUGAAGCGGGUCAAACAUUGGUUGAUGGGAAAGACAUUUCUAGAUUGAAUCUCAAGAGCUACAGGAGCCACCUUGCUCUGGUUAUUCAAGAGCCGACGCUAUACCAAGGAACCAUUAGGGAGAAUAUCACCCUGGGAACCAACGACGAGGAUGGUUCCGAGGAGAAAAUCAUCAAAGCAUGCAAGGAUGCCAAUAUCUACGACUUCAUCUCAUCUCUACCUGACGGCUUCUCGACGGUGAUAGGAGCGAGGGGCGGCAUGCUCUCUGGCGGACAGCAACAACAAAUAGCCAUUGCGCGAGCGCUUCUUCGUGAUCCACGUAUCCUCCUCCUAGAUGAGGCGACUUCCGCGCUCGAUUCGGAGUCUGAAAAGGUCGUCCAGGAUGCACUGAAUGCGGCGGCUCAAGGCCGAACGACGGUCGCCGUUGCGCAUCGGAUAAGCACGGUACAGAAGGCCGAUUGUAUUUACGUGUUGCAUGAAGGUAACAUUGUGGAACAGGGGACGCAAUUAGAGUCAAUGGAGCUAGGGGGGAGAUAUUUUGAGUUGGUGAAGUUGUAG